CCUUUUUGAUAGGGUCCAAUACCAACAAAGGUCUCUCUUUCCUUCCACAAAGGCCUUCCACCUGCCAAGUUCAAGAUUCAUCAGAAAAUCGUGAAAGAUGCCUUAUAUGCUACCAAGGAGAAUUCGGGUGCCUCUAAAGGCCAAACCGGAGGACAAGGAUCCGUUGCUAACCUUUUGCCAGAUCCCAGACAAGCACCAGGACCCCUCCCAUCCCCGCAAGUCCUUCACUUCCACCAUACCGGUGGCCGUAGACCCCUGGAAGCAGCAGCAGAAGGUCAUCAACCACCGUUUUUACACCCGGCAGUACACCAACUCGUACACGCCCUUCUACACCUUGCAGAAACCCUCGUGCGGCUACCUUUACUGCCAGGACACGGACCACACCCGCAAGAGGUUGGACAUCCCUUAUACCAACGUAAACAAAUGGCGGACUGAUGCCAUUCUGUAGUCCCCGGAGGCCCCCGCACUCCUCCGCCUGCUUCAUCUCGGGAAGGCUGGGCCCUCGGAAAGGAGGGUGUGUUUGCUAGGGGAGGAAGGCUGCCCCGGCGGCUGGGCUCCCCAGGACGGUCACUUUGGGGCAACGAGAGAGACCUUCUCUUCAGCACCAAUUAAACAUUACCCUUCUUUAGCCUACAAAUUGAGGCUACAUCCAAGCGAAUUACACUGGAUAUCAUGUGUGAUAAGCUGCUGGUGAGAUUGUCCUCUGUAGCACUGUCCCUUUCCUCCUCCCGAACUCCCUCUUUCACUCACCUCUAGUCUCUGGAACGAGCUUCUGGCCUGAGUUGCUCCUUUGG